AUGGUGGGCAAGACUGUGCACAAUCGAGAGGUGGAUGUGACUACAGCCCAUUGGUUUGGUGGCCUGACAGCACUGCACAUGGACUACAAUGGCCUGAUCCGGAAAGGCCUCUGUGUCCCUGAAAACAUCAUCAGUUCUAGCUUGUGUGGACUGAGCUCAGAGAAGGGUCAAGAGGCUGCUAUGAGCACUCCAGGUGGUCUUGGAUUUUCUCCUGAGAGAUGUCCAGAGAUACAGUUUAAGCCAGAUACACCUGAAACAGUCACUGUUUCUGGAAAACCCCUAGAUGACUUCAGUGCUAUUUCCAGAACACCACCUAGAAUGCAAAAAAUUUCUAUGCCCACAGCAGAAACAGUGAGCUUGGAUAGCCCUCUCAGUGAAAAACAGAGCCCUCUCAACAUCAGUGAUGCUGGUUAUCUGCAGUUGCCCUGGGUCCGUGCUUACAUGGCGAGUGCCACACCAGCCAUCUACCCUUUCCAUGACUCAGCAAAUAAGUAUUCACUGAAUGCGUACCACACCUUGCUACCUCAGCAGUCCUACAGUUCGCCCAGGCCACUACAUUCUCCUGUCUGCACAAAUGAGGAGCAUUUUCUCUACCUGCCACCACCUGAAUAUGUCAGUCCCCACAUGCCAUCAUCCCUGGCUUCACCUGUAAGGCCCUCAGUGCCUUUGGUCACUCCAGAUAUCCCACCUUUGGUCCACUGUACAGAUAAAAGCCUGCCCUGGAAGAUGGGUAUCAGUCCUGGGAACCCAGUCAAUUCCCAUUCCUAUCCUCACAUCCAGAAUAGUGAGCCAGGGUUAACCUCUGCCAAGAUGGUAACCAGUGGCCUGCUAGGGGACACAUCUCUACUGUUAUCGUCCUUGCCUCAGUCUUCAUCCCGAGUCCACCUUCCCUCCCAGGCUGCAGACACCUACUGUGAACUUCACAAACAGUACACCAGUCUCUCUACCUCUCCCUCAGCUACCUUAUCAAAGCCAGAUAUGAUACUUACCUGCAAGUUCCCUACACCUAGUCUUUCCAGCAAGUAUCCUGAAGAUCCUGAAAGUGCUCAGCCAGUUCUUGGGUAUACCCAGAAAUCAGCCAGUCAAGACAGAAAAGAUGGCAGUUCACUUCCUCCGUUAGAGAAGCAGAUGGUUGCAAAAGUCAGCGUUGAUAAGCCACUAGACUUGUCUGCUGAAGUGGUUGAUGUAGAUACUUCUAAAGCUGACCAUAUGAAAAAGAUAGCUCCCACAAUCCUUGUUGAGACCAGAGCUGGAAGUGGCUUAGUGUUCUCUGGAGGUGAGAUUCUAAAAGAAACAUCAUCUCCUCCAGGAAAUGGCUGUGCUCUCUAUAAACCUAAAAUCAUUAGCACAACAGUUCCCUUAUCCUGGGUGGUGCCUGGGCAGAAUCCUCAUGAAGACAAGAAAAGUGAAGAUAUGCUACUGAAAAACCGGGCCUCUGGCUGGGCAAUACCACAGCAGCAGAAUUCUUUAUGUCCCCAUGUGGGUGUCGCAGAUGCCAUAGUAACUAACACUUUGGGGUCAGCAUUUCCUGUAGGUUACCCAGCCUCUGUGUUGCCAGCCCCAGAUGCCAGUGCAGAUUGCUGCAAGGCCACUAGGAGCUCCACAGACAGAAUGCUGUCCAUCAUUCAACAUGUGGGCCAAUGCUCAACUGUGCCUGCAAAGCACAAUGGUGACCCAAGCUACAAAGGGAUCGAGAAUAGCUUCCUGUCAAGCUCAGUAUCUCUGUCUCCAAAUGAGGCUCUCAGGUCCCCACCAGUUCCCUAUCCUAGCAGUUACCUCCCUUGCCCAGUGCCUGAGGGCACUCCUAUAAGUACCCUCUCCUUACAUGGCAAGGGACCUGGCUACCCUCACUCAGUUUUGAUGCCCGAUGGUAGUCUGUUUCUUAGGCACCUUGCCCCAAAGCCUGCACUGCCCCAUUGUCUUUCCACAGGACGGCCAGAGUUUGUGACCUACCAACUUGCACUGAGGGGGUUGGGUAUGGUGCAUCCUAUGUCCAUACCUCACGUACCCAGAGAGAUCACUAAGGAGGAGGAAUCAGUGAAGUGGUCCUGGUCUCAUGAGACAGCUUCAUACAAGGACCCAACUCUGCAGAACCAGUUUUCCAAGAUGUUGGAAGGUAGUAAUAGCAGGUUACAUCCAGAAGUCCCUGCUGACAAGAACCUAAAGCCAAGCCCCAGGUGGAAUCAAGGAAAAAUUGUUGUCAAGAGCAAUAAACUUGUCUAUGUAGAUCUUCUCUGGGAAGAGCAAGAUGCUAAAACCUACUCAAAUAUGUCCAAACUGGGCUUCACAGAUGAGAGUGUUGGCCAGAAUACUGAAUUCACCAAGUCCUAUACUGACACAGACCUGCAGCCACACCAUGAUUUCAUCACCCUGAGAGAGGAGUUGGGGUGCAUCAAUGAUUUCCAUGGUGCUUAUGCUGUCAAAGAGGCCCCAGGACAGUCUGUCUUCAACUUAAUCAAUGAGAAUGUUCCAGCAGCAACCAAGAAGGAGAACCUGGGGAUGCCAGUAUCAACUCCGUUCCUGGAUCCAGCUCUGGGGAAUGGGGGUCAUACUGUGACUUUUGGUAAAACCCAGAACGAUCCUAAGUCAUUCUGUGUAGGUAGUGCUGCUCCAAGUGUGGAUGUUGUCCUCACUCCUAAGAAAGAUGGAGUUGAUAAGGCAGAAUCCAGCGAUGUCAAAGUUCUGAAACAAAAGUCAUUGAAGCUGGCAAAGAGAAUUGCAAAUUCUGCUGGUUAUGUGAGUGACCAGUUCAAGUGUGUCACCACUGAACUGCAAGCAGAUUCCAGCCAGCUUAGCUGUGAGCAGCGGGCCUUGCAGCAUGCAAUGAUGUGCUUCUCAGAGUUGGAGAUGAAAGAAAUGAAAGGUAACCUCCCAAUGACCAAAGAUGCUGAGAUGUGCACAUUUAGCUCCACUAACUGGGAAAGGCUGAAAAGAAAUGAGGACAAAAAGCCAGGGUUAAUAGUCCUGGAGGAGGCCAUUGCUGGCCAGAAGAACACUGAGACAUGUGAAGAUAGUGCUGCAAAGAAAUACAGUCUCUUUAAAGCACUAGAAGAGAAAGAUAUUCCUGUUAAGAAGUACUUUGUGGACAGGUGUCCCACGAGCAAACCACCUUCUAUGGAUAUGUUGUACAGCCCCACUCUCCAAUUGGGCAGAAAACACAAAGUAUCACAUGACAGAAACCACACUGAGACAACUGUGGAAGAGGAACCUCUGCAGAAAGUGAAACAAAGACGGGUCUCCAAAGGUCUCCAUCCUAAGAAGCAACACCACCUGCUACACCUUAGAAAACGGUGGAAGCAACAGGUGUCAACAGCAGAGAGAAAACCUGACCAGAAUGGCAAGAAGAAAAUGGCUCAGGAAGUUCAAUCUGACGUCACUGCCCAGAGAAAUAACAGCUCCAAACACAAAUCUUCCAGGAAAGGAGCAGAGGCCAAAACCAAUAGAAACUGGUCAGAUGUGUCUUUCAAAUCCAGUGAUAAUGAACAGGCUUUUCCUUUAUUCUCUACUUCUGUACCCAUGAAGAGCCUUUCACCUACCAGUACAAGUACCAAACCAGCAUCAAUGAUGCAGUCCAAAGAGCAGAAAAUUAAAGAAACUCAGAAGACACAUGUGCUGUACACAGAAGAAAAGGAUAGCCAAGCUGCCUCCAUGCUGCAGAAAUAUACCAAAAAUACUGAGAAACCAUCUGGGAAGAGGGUAUGCAAAACCAAGCAUUUGAUCUCCCACGAAUCAAGGCAGGGCUUGUCACUGCCAGUGAACUGCUUUGUGAAGAAUGCUGAUAGCAAGGUGACCAUUGGAGGAGUCAAAAAGCAGGAAAAGUGCAGUUCCAACUAUUACCUGUCACCAGCCAGCCAGGAUCAGAAAUCCUUCAAUCAUUUGCAACAAUUAUUGCCAGCUUCUGAGUCCUUACAAAGGCUGCCACAGUCAAGUUCACGUCCAGACACUGUCCAGUCACAGCCAAUGCUGCCAGAAGGACGGCGACUUAUGGUCAAUAAGAAUGCUGGUGAGACCCUUCUGCAGCGGGCUUCCCAACUUGGCUAUCAGGAAUUGGUGGUGUACUGCUUGGAAAACAAGAUUUGUAAUGUGAAUCAUCAAGACAAUGCUGGCUACUCUGCUCUGCAUGAAGCUUCUGCAGGAGGAUGGCUCUGCAUUGUUCAACACCUUCUUAAAUAUGGUGCUGAUGUCAACUGUAGUGCCCAGGAUGGAACCAGGCCACUCCAUGAUGCAGUUGAGAAUGAUCACUUGGAAAUUGUCCGCUUGCUCCUCUCCUAUGGUGCCGAUCCCACUUUGGCUACAUACUCAGGUAGAACCAUCAUGAAAAUGACUCACAGCAAACUUAUGGAAAUGUUUCUGGCAGAUUAUUUAAAUGACCUUCGGGGUCACAAUGAUGAUGAGUUCAUUGCCCCUUGGGAGUUCUAUGGAAGUUCUGUGUGUGAACCAGAUAAUAAAGCUGGGCAUAAUGUUUUGGCAAGCCCUCCAGGGCCUGAGGACCAGUAUGAUGAAGAUAAGGCUAACAGUGAUGUGUUUGAAUUUGAAUUUUCAGACAGCCCUCUCUUACCGUGUUAUAACGUCCAAGUGUCUGUUUAUCAGGGGGCACGGAACUGGUUUUUGCUUUCAGAUGUGCUUAAGAAAUUGAAAAUGUCAUCCUGCGCAUUUCGCUGCAAUUUUCCAAACUUAGAAAUCAUCACAGUUACAGAGGCAGAGUUUUACAGGCAGGUUUCAGCAAGUUCCUUAUACUCUUGCUCCAAAGACCUGGAAGCUUUCAAUCCUGAAAGCAAGGAACUACUAGAUUUGGUUGAAAUCACCAACGAACUUCAGACCCUGCUCGGCUCCUCCAUAGAAUGGUUAAAUCCUAGUGACAUGGCGUUGGAGAAGGACCACUGAUGAGCGGUCUAGUCCCACUGUGUACAAUGUGUUGUUGGGUCAAUGUUAUGCAUAUUGGUCAAAAUACAACUAUUUCUUU